UCUUUUUUUUUAAUUUUUAAUUUUUCUGUUAUAUAUCUACUCUAGCUUCCAUCUCUUUCGGUUCUACAAUUCUUCUGCCAAGAAAACGUUCUAAAAUUGGCCACAACACUAGCCUUGGAAGGCCCAAUUCUACUGUUUUCUUUCGUCUGUCUUCUAAGCUUUCUGUGUUUCUGUCUCGUCUCUGUAAUUGGUGGGCGCAUGCAAGAGCUCUCAUAAAAGAAUGUCUACAUAUAUAUAUAUAUAUAUACUCACAGAGAUCAGACGUUGCAAACCCUCGAUAAUCUCUCUCAACAAAGAAUUGCUGACAAGAACAAGUAUGGAGAUCGCUUACCAGCCUUAUAUCGACCCUGAGUUCGAAUCUCUCAUCGAAAGAAUUUACCCUCCAAGGGUUUGCAUUGAUAACGACUCAUAUCAGGACUGUACGCUUGUUAAGGUUGAUAGUGCAAACAAGCACGGGAUUCUAUUAGAGAUGGUCCAAGUCUUGACAGAUCUUGACCUUGUUAUUUCCAAAUCAUACAUUUCCUCUGAUGGGGUAUGGUUCAUGGACGUGUUCCACGUGACUGAUCAGCUUGGAAUCAAAAUCACUGACGAGAGCCUCAUACUUUAUAUUCAGCAGGCACUGUGUGCAAGUAGGAAAGGGGGAAUAUCCCAGGAGCUACAAAAUUGUCUGAAAAGAGAAGUUAGGCCGCGUCAUGUGUCGAUGGACCACACUGCCUUGGAGAUAACUGGAACUGAUAGACCAGGUCUGCUGUCUGAGAUUUCGGCUGUGCUUACUCAACUGGAAUGCAAUGUCACAGCAGCCGUGGCAUGGACACACAAUGCCCGAGCAGCUAGCAUAAUCUACGUGGAAGACAAGCUGAGAGGUGGACCUAUUACAGAACCAAAGAGACUUGCCCAUGUAGAAGAGCAGUUAGACACUGUGGUUGAGGCCCAUCAUGGGAGAGGGGAGAGGAGGAGCGUCAGGUUGACCACACCAGUGGCUGGGCAAGCCCAUACUGAACGGAGGCUUCACCAGUUAAUGUGUGCAAAUAUGGAUUAUGAGCCUUGUCGGGGAUGCACAGGUACGGGUGUUGCUCACCGGAGGGAUUGUACCAAAAUUCAUGUCUCAAUAGAGUCUUGCAAGGAGAAAGGGUACUCGGUGGUGAAUAUGAGAAGCAGGGAUAGGCCCAAGCUCUUAUUUGACACGUUGUGCGCAUUAACUGAUAUGCAGUAUGUGGUGUUUCAUGCUGCGGUGAGCUCUACGGGCACCAUGGCUGAUCAGGAGUAUUUCAUUCGGCAUAAGGAUGGUUUCACUUUGGAUACAGAGAGCGAAAGGCAUGAACUCACCCAAUGCUUGAUUGCUGCCAUUGAGCGGAGAGUAUCUCACGGAUUGAGGCUAGACGUAUGCACUCACAAUCGAGUGGGAUUGCUAUCAGAUGUUACACGGGUUUUUCGGGAAAAUGGCCUGUCAAUAUCAAGGGCUGAGAUUGGCACGGAAGGUAACAAAGCAGUUGGAUCAUUCUAUGUCACUGAUGCUUCAGGAGAUGAAGUUAAUUCGCGGACGAUAGAAUUAGUGAGGAAAGAGAUAGGGGGAUCUAUCCUGGUAGUUAAUAAAUCACCAGGCUGGACUCCGAGGACUCCCUCCACAGGUAAUAUUCGCCGAAGUAGCAGUGGCAGAGUAGGUGAAGAUAAGCCAAGAUUCUCAUUAGGAAGCCUAUUGUGGUCUCACCUUGAGCGGCUGUCAAACAAUUUCGGAUCCAUACGAUCAUGAGAGUUGUAAUCUCAGGAGUUGCGUCUCAUGUUGUGUACUUCAUGCAUAUUGUAAAUAAUUAAUUUUGCAUGUAAGUAGAUAAGCAGUUUGCUAGUUUCCAUGGUAAUAAUCGAGCUUCGUGUUGUUUCUUACUAUACUAUCAUCACCUUGAAUGCAAUUUAUAAUUUACAUCCAAGCAGCGGAAGGAAACCA